AUGUGGCAUUCCUCUUUCUUUUCCAUCUCUUUUUGCUUCCUCUUCUUUCUCCUUCCCCAUGAAAACAACAGCUCCUCCGUCAAUGCAGUCUCUGUUGAUCUAGUUAACACAACCUGCAAACAAUGUGCCAGCAAGUCUGCAAUUUUCAACUACGACUUCUGCGUUACGUCUCUCCAAGCAGUCUCUAUCAGCCAUGUCACUAAUCUUCAAGGUCUAGCAAUCAUUGCAAUGGAGCUAGCUCUGGGAAAUGCCACCAGCACAAUUUCAACCAUAGAAAAGAUGAUGACCAGCGGCACGUUUGAUCCUUUUGCCAUGGACUGCUUGAGAGAUUGUGUGGAUCUCUAUGCAGAUGCAGCCUCGAUGCUGGUGAGUUCUAUUGCUGCCUUUUUGCAAGAGUACUUUGAUGCUGCUAAUGUGUUGAUGAGUGCAGUUAUGGAAGCUACAUCAACUUGUGAAGAUGGGUUCACGGAGAAAGAGGGAGAAGUUACUCCAUUGACGACAGAAAACUAUAAUCUCUCUGAGCUGAGUGGUAUUUCUCUGUGCAUCAUCAACUUAGUAGUUUCUUCCGAAUUGUCAUCUAUGUCCUCCUGA